UCGCAUAUUAGCUUCAUGGAGGAGCUGAAGGACACGAGCAUACACCACACGGCGCUGCGGUUGGCGGAAGAUGUAAAAACGAUGAAACUGUACGGCAAUCUGUACAAAAUGGUGCAGAAACUUUCCUGCUCGCCGGAGGUGGACAAGGACGAUAUGAAGCAAACGUUGGAGACUGCCAUCAAGGCGAACGGGCUCGAGACCGAGAUCCGCAACGUGAUCUACCAUCUGAUCAGGAACACAGUGAAAAAUGACUCACGUCCUUCACCGGCCAGCAGCGAUCCGUUGAACUAUCUACGCCGAGCAGGUGUCCAAUGGGAACGGCGGGUACGCAAGUCGUUGAACUCGAUGUGCUCGGAAUCGAAAGCGCAACUGCACGGUCAGAUGCGUACCGCAUCCGACCGGGAGGACAUUCUCUCCAAGUGGGAUGAGCUCAGCACCUAUCAGAUCGAUCUCAGCAACUAUCGGCCAGUAUAUGCACCGAAGGAUCUGCUCGACGUAUUGCUAUCGCUCAAGGGACCGAUGAAGCAAGAUGAGACUGACUUUCUACCGAAAUGGGAGUUUUCGCACAUCUCGCUGACGGUCAAAAACCUGUUCGAACUGCGGGUGCAUUUUUCCGAGUUGCUCAGGAACGACAAUACGUUCGGUGACUGGGCGACUACCUGCCAGAAGGUGCUGAAAACGCGUCACGCACCACUUUGCCAGCAAGCGCUGAAGAAGGGCGUUACACCGCCGCCCCUGCGGGGCCCGUUGUGGUCUUACGUUCUUGGCAGUCAUGUGGAGCAACACCACGUCGAUCACUGGGAGAGCCUGCGGCAAUCGGUGCUGACCAACGAAUCGAUCGUCGACAAGUUAGUCUUCAAGGACGUGCAGCUGACGGCGACCAACGACGAUCGUUAUUUUGUGUUCGAAGAUGUGCUUUACCAGAUAAUGCUGUGCUUCAGCCGAGACACAGAGAUCAGUCAGCUCAUUCAGGUGGAGUUUACCAAUUCGGCCAAAGCCAAGCAGUACGAGGGCCCACCGUGUGGGUUUGUACCCUUCCACGGGAUUUGCAUGCUGGCUGCUCCGUUCUGCUAUCUGUACGAUAACCCUGUCUCGCUGUACUACACCUUCCGGGCCUUCUACAUUCGCUACUGCCAUCGGCUGACGACGAUCAACACCCAUUCGCAGGGCAUCGUCAGUCUGUGUUUGCUGUUCGAAAAGCUGCUGCAAACACACGAGCCACAGCUGUGGUCCCAUUUUCGUGAGCUGCAGAUCCAACCCAUUCGCGUGGUGUUUAAAUGGCUGAUGCGAGCUUUUAGUGGCCACCUUCCUCCCGAGCAACUGUUGAUCCUGUGGGACCUGAUACUAGGCUACGACAGUCUGGAAAUUCUAUCCUUGCUUGCCAUCAUUAUACUAAGCUUCCGCAGGGAGAGCCUGAUGCAAGUGGCAACGCUUGAGAACAUUGAGGCCAUUCUGUCGGAUCUUUCGUCCAUCAAGGUACUGCCAUUGAUACAGCUCACACUGUCGAGGGAUUAA